GCCUCGUAGACAAAGAGGGAGCUGUUUCUCUUCGGACACAUUUAUCGUACGCACCCCUGAAAGAGGCGCCGCGUUUUCACGAGUAUGGCAGGACAGAUGGCGACAACAAAGGUGCCGGAGGUUCGUGACAUCACGCGGAUCGAGAGGAUCGGUGCACACUCUCACAUUCGUGGCCUUGGGUUGGAUGAUGCCUUGGAGCCGAGACAGGUGUCCCAGGGGAUGGUUGGCCAGCUGGCCUCCCGUCGGGCAGCGGGGGUCAUCCUGGAGAUGAUCAAAGACGGCCACAUUGCCGGCAGGGCUGUGUUGAUCGCUGGCCAACCUGGCACAGGAAAGACCGCCAUCGCUAUGGGUAUUGCCCAGUCUCUUGGCCCUGAUACGCCCUUCACAGCGCUGGCCGGCAGCGAGAUCUUCUCCCUGGAGAUGAGCAAGACCGAGGCACUCAGCCAAGCUUUUAGAAAAGCCAUUGGAGUGCGGAUCAAAGAGGAGACGGAGAUUAUUGAAGGAGAGGUUGUGGAGAUCCAGAUUGAUAGGCCGGCCACUGGAACAGGUGCUAAGGUGGGAAAGUUGACUCUGAAGACCACUGAGAUGGAGACGAUCUAUGAUUUGGGCAACAAGAUGAUUGAGAGUCUCAGUAAAGAGAAGGUUCAGGCAGGAGAUGUCAUUACCAUCGACAAAGCCACUGGAAAGAUCAGCAAGCUGGGCCGUUCCUUCACCAGAGCCAGAGACUAUGAUGCCAUGGGAGCUCAGACGCAGUUUGUACAAUGUCCAGAGGGGGAGCUGCAGAAGAGGAAAGAGGUGGUCCAUACAGUGUCCCUCCAUGAGAUUGAUGUCAUCAACAGCCGCACGCAGGGCUUCCUGGCGCUCUUCUCUGGAGACACUGGAGAGAUCAAGUCUGAAGUUCGAGAACAGAUCAACGCUAAAGUGUCUGAGUGGAGGGAGGAGGGCAAGGCUGAGAUCAUACCAGGGGUGUUAUUUAUUGACGAGGUCCAUAUGCUGGACAUGGAGUGCUUCUCCUUCCUAAACCGCGCCCUGGAGAGCGAUUUGUCCCCGGUUCUCAUCAUGGCCACCAACAGAGGCAUCACUCGUAUCCGUGGUACAAACUACCAAAGCCCCCACGGCAUCCCGAUAGACCUGCUGGACCGCUUGCUCAUCAUCGCCACCUCACCGUACACUGAGAAAGAGACGAGACAGAUCCUCAAGAUCCGGUGUGAGGAGGAGGAUGUGGAGCUAAGUGAGGAAGCUCACACAGUCCUGACGCGUAUUGGCCUGGAGACAUCGCUGCGCUACGCCAUCCAGCUGAUCAGCACCGCUGGCCUGGUGUGUCGCAAACGGAGGGGCACAGAAGUGCAGGUGGAGGACAUUAAACGAGUUUACUCUCUGUUCCUGGACGAGUCCAGAUCCUCUCAGUACAUGAAGGAGUAUCAGGAUUCCUUCCUCUUCAACGAAGCACAAACAACUCAAAUGGACACCUCAUAAUGAAGACAACUGUGAAGUUUUUAUUUUGUCACCGGUUCUUUGGGGUUAGAGUCGGUUCAGAAGUGAGUUUGACUAAUAUUUGAAUUCAGCUCAAAUUACCACCAUGUUUUUCUGCACCGAGGCCUUGUGGCAGGAACAUCCAUUCCUUUCUUGUUUUGUUGACUUAUCGUUACAUGUGAUUUAUUUUUAUGGAGUUUAUUAAAAAAAACAAAAACUUGUCAGCA